GGUUUCCAGCAAAUGAAGCGCAAGGCGGAGGGAAUUGCCCUGCUCUCGCUCUACAACGACGAAGACGAGGACGACGAUGGAGAGGAGGAGGAGGGCAAGGAGGCUGCCGCCAUUGUGGAUUACGCGCACGACGAGGCGACAGAGGUGGAGGCCGCGGAGCUAGGAGUUUCGAAAGAAGAAGGAGAAGAAGAAGCUGGCGGCGCCACCGCCACCGCUGUGGCUCCGCCAGAUCCAAAUUCCUUUCCUCCAGAGCACCGACAACAAGUCACGCCGCAACAAGAAGAGCUCGUGUGUCUCGACGAGAGCUUAGUCGCAGAUUUUCUUCCAUCUCCACCAACAUGCAAGUGUUCUGACGAGCUACAGGACAAGUUCACCUGGUUCUUGUCGCUCAAAGAUGCUGGCAGGAGUUUCAACGACGAGCUCCGAAACUCGAAAGGCUACCGGAAUCCCGACUUCUUGCACCGUGCUGUAAUCCACCAGGGCGUGGAUCAGCUCGGGAGCUGCUUCAAGAAGGAGAUAUUUGAUCCACAUGGCUAUGAUCCCGAGGACUUCUAUGACGCUCUCGCACUCGAGCAGAAACGGGAAUUCGACCGUAGAGACAUGGAGAGGAAGCAGAACCAGAAGCUGGAGUUUGUGCGAGCGAACACUCUCGCUGCCGCCGCGAAGAUGAUGCAGCAGAAAGUAAACGUUAACGCAUCAAUACCAUCCUUGAACGAGGCGGCUGCUGCGGCUGCUCCAAAGCCUGAAAGCAGGACCAACAAGAAAAGCAAGUGGGAUAAGGUUGAGCCCGACUCUCGGAGCAUUGGCGGUGCAUCGUUGAGUAGCCAGAACGCUCUGGCCGCGGCUCUGGUGUCCGCAAAUGCAGCUGCUCUGAAUUUCGCACAAGCAGCUCAGGCUAUCCAGGGGGUCCAGCAACACAAGCGGAAGGACGAGGACAGGCACGGCAAAAACCUCCGCUGAACCUUCAAACGGAGAAGGGAAUAUUUAGGAAUGUUCUUUUAUCAAGAGAAAUGGAGGCCAAGGGUUUAGGGUU